GCCUGAAAUUAGUUCAUAUCACAAGCUAGUCGUAAACACAACAAAUAUACAUUUUUCGAAAAGUUUUCUACGCGUAUUUUUACGAAAAUGUCUGAUGGCGAAAAUAACUUAUUAGAUCAGUUGGUGCCAGAGAUGAACGAGAGCGAAUCGAAUAGCUCAACUGAAGAAGAAGAAGAAGAAGAAGCAGCUCCCAGUGCACCGCGUGUGCGUAGACGAAUCAGGAAGACGAAUCGUCGUUCAUCCCUGGGGACUACACAACGUCAGACGACCAAUGACAGUGGCGGUGGUGUUAACGCUGAUGCUGCCAUUUCGCUAUUCGAACAUAUGGCAAAUAUGACUGCGAUUUCUUCUCGUUCGGCAGUUACUAUGAGGCGUAGCACUCGACGUAACGCGACUGCGUUAAGCCGAGCCGGAGCCGGAGCCAGCGCUCGUGCUCCUUCUCGUCCAUUAUCGAAUGAGCUGCGUGGAUGUCGCCACUGCAUUUGCACCGUACUAAACGGUCGUGUCUAUAAACUGCUGGAUUUGCCAUAUCUGCAACUGAAACGUGUGCGCUCUCGUAGAUCUCGUACAUCUUAAAGUGAAUUUCUUAAUUUUAGUUUUUUUUUUUGGUUGCACACAAAUGUAAACGAAAUGCAGAUUUUGUGCAAUAAAUGCAAUUUUGAAA